AUGGCACCCCGCCCACUUACCUAUAACACUGCAGAGAUCACCAAGCUCGUUCGAGACCAAGGCAGACUUAUUGGGCUGAAUCCUCAUAUACAACAUGUCCUUAUGUUCACGAACCGGAACUGCCCUAAAAUUUUAAAAAAUCCCACCUUUCUCAAAGCACUUCUUGUCACCGGCGGUAGUGCGGCGUUCAUCGCGAUUCUCAUCGGCUCUCUAGGCUUUGGUGCAGCUGGCAUCGUUGCUGGCUCUCCAGCAGCUCUAUUCCAAGGUGCUGCGUAUGGGGCAGCAACCCCCGCCGCGGGAUGGUUCGCAGGUGCUACUGCAGCUGGUAUGACCGGUGCCAUGGCUGGUAUUCAAGCUGGGGCGGCCGCGGUUGUCGGAGCUGUUGCAGGAGGUGCAACCUGGCUGAUAGGGAAAAAGCAGGGGGUACGACUCAUGAACAUGAUCUAG